AUGACUUCAAUCAACUCACUCGACAAGAAUGAACUCAAAGGCAAUGAUGUUGUCACUACCGAGAACAUCGACAGCACCAUUGAUUACAGCCGCAAUGCCAACGCAAAGAUCGUCAAUCCAUUGGCUGGUCUUUCCAGAGACGCACUGAGACACAAAUUCGACGGGUUCUGUGACUCGUGGGACUUUCAAGAAAAAUGCGAGAUUUUCUGGAAGGGUGCAUUGGCUGCUCAAAACCCAGAUACAAUCGAAGAACUACAUGAGUUGAACGAGGAGGACAAGUAUCACAUCCGACGAGAAGUCACGCAUCGGUGGCAUCUUCCCAAAGAUUUGUAUUUCGCAAUUGCAAUCUGCUCUCUUGGCUCUGCUAUUCAAGGCUGGGACAAUACAGGUGCAAAUGGAGCGAAUUUGUCUUUCCCUCAGAGAAUAACCAUUGGCUGGUGGGUACCAUUAAUAGCGCCCCCGCUUCUCUUCGGCCUCGCAACUGCAUGGGCGGCUGACCCAGUGAAUAACUGUUUCGGACGUCGCGGUGCCAUUUUCCUCACCGGUCUCUUCUGCAUCUUUCCAGUCCUUGCUCAAGGCUUUGCACAAAGCUGGUGGGACUUGCUCAUCUGCCGUAUGUUCAUGGGAUUUGGCAUGGGUAUCAAGAUAUCCACCAUCCCCGUCUACUCCGCCGAGAUCUCUCCGGCAUCCAUCCGUGGCGGCAUGGUCACCAGCUUCCAGCUCUGGGUGGCAUUUGGAAUCUUCAUCGGCCAAUGCUCAAAUCUCAUUUUCUUCCGCAUCGGACGUCUGGCGUGGCGUUUUCAACUAGCCGCUGCUUUCGCCCCUGCUAUCCCAAUUGUCAUCUUGAUCUGGUGGUGCGUCGAAUCGCCUAGAUGGCUUUUGAAGAAGAACAGAUAUCAUGAAGCAUACGCAGCAUUAUGCCGGAUUCGAAACAGCGAAGUCAUUGCCGCUCGAGAGCUGUACUAUGCUCACUGCCAGAUCUCCGAAGAGCACAAUGCUUUUGCGGGAAUCUCGCUCAGUCGCAGGAUGCUGGAUCUCUUUACAGUACCACGUCUUCGCCGCGCGACAAUUGCCAGCUCAGUUAUUGUUGUCUCGCAGCAGUUUAGCGGAAUUAAUAUAGUGGCGUUUUACAGCAGUACCAUCUUUGCUGAAGCUGGAUACGGUCCCAAACAAUGCCUUCUGGUAUCUAUGGGGUUUGGCCUGAUCAUGUUCAUCUUCGCACUUCCAGCAGUGUACACUAUGGAUACAUUCGGCCGGCGCAAUCUGCUACUCGUCACGUUCCCCAACAUGGCAUGGUGCUUGCUUGGUGCGGGCUUUUGCUUUUUGAUCAAUGAACAGUCCGAGGCAAGAGUACCGCUGAUCGCGUUCUUCGUAUUUCUCUUCACCGCGCUGUACGGUCCAGGUAUGGGCCCACUGCCUUCCAUAUAUUUCAGCGAAGCUUUCCCACUGUCUCAUCGUGAGAUCGGCGCCGCUUUUACCAUCUGCGUCAACAACGCCGUUGGAUCUAUUCUUGUCCUCACAUUCCCCGAGCUCCUCAACAAAAUCACUCCCACAGGCGCGUUUGCGUUUUACGCUGGCUUGAAUGUCCUUGCUUUUGGGAUGAUCUUUUUCCUAGUACCGGAGACCAUGAAACGCACCCUCGAGGAAUUGGACUUUGUAUUCGGCGUCCCCACACGCAGACAUGCUGCAUAUCAAGUCCGCGCGUGGCUCCCUUGGUUUUUCAAGAGGUAUGUCUUGUUCCGGAGGAACGCGAAGUUGGAACCGAUGUACCACCUGGAGGGUGUUGAUUCCAUGCGCUCGGGGGCAGUGUAG